AUACUUCCGUCAAUCAGUCAACCUACCUACCUAGAUAGACCUUUUUGCGAGUGAGAUACAUUAAGGAAAAAGAUAAGCAACCUCAAUGGACUUUAUGGCCAGUCGUGGCGGCAUCAUCAUCUGUCUACUGUGUGUAUCCAAAAGCCGGCAUUCGGCAAGUUGAAUCACCAGCAGUAAUAAAUUGAUGGACUAAUCCCCAUAACCGCAAUCACUCGGCCACAUUCGCAUCGCGUUCCCUCCUCGUCGUCGUCUGCUUGACGCUGCCGGUAGCGGUAAUGUUUUCGCAUCUCGCGGUUUGACUUUUGUCUUUGUUUGCUUUGCAUUAUUUAUAGUUUACAGUUUGUAUUGGCACAUCAACGAAUUCCGAAUCCGAAUCCGACCAAGACGCAGACCCAGACCGAACCUUUGUCAAGAAAAAAAGAAGUGAAUGUUUAUCAAUCCUAAUCUAUGCGGUUGUGCUAUUUUGUGUACCUUCGAGUAUAUGUAUCUUUUACACUCAUUCCCGUCUUUCCCUUUCAUCUCUAACCAAACCGGGAACAAAAAAUACAAAUAAAUAAAUAAAUCCAACACCAAUACAAAAAAAAAAAGAAAUUAAGAUAAAUAUCUUUUGUGAGGUAAUUGAACCGUACUAAUAGAUACGCGUGAUGAGUGAGGCAAUUCAUUUUCGGUUAUCGUCAAACUAAGAAAAAUAACAACAACAACAAAAAAUACAAAAAUACCUACCUAUCUAUACAUACGAAUAACAUAAAACGUAAAUAAACAAAACACUAUCCCUAUUAUAGUGCGAAGGAUAGAUAGAUAGAUAGGAAUGUAUCUACCAAUCUGUCUAUAGAUAGAUAGAUAUAAAAAAUACAAAAAAGAAAUAUAAGUUGAAAGGAAAAGUGAAUUAAUGUGUUCCUCCUUUAUCUAGACAGUUUGGAUGUUUAUCACGGUUUGUUAAAAAAUAAAAAUUCAAAAAAAAAAACACAAAUUAAAAAAGGUGCGUUUUUAAUAUCACACCACAGCUAAGUGCAGUGCACUUUGUAUCUUGUAUCUAUCAAUCUUUUUUUUUGUGUAAUCGUCGCUCGUCUCUAGCUCGUGUUGCGUUUUGUUGCAUUGCGUUUCUCGGUCUUCAUUCUAUUUUCAAAAUUCAAAACACAUCAUUUUUUACCUAACCCAACACACAUACACACACCUAACAAAAAUAAUAUAAUGAAAAAUGAUUGAGUGCUAAUAAAGUGAGGUUUUGUUGUUGUUUUAUUUUAUUUUUGAAUAAAAUUUUAUGCAAAAUUCAAUUAUUGGGAAGUGAAAAAUAAUCAAAAAAUAUAAUUAUAAUUGUUAUACGAAGACAUCAUUUCACAUAACAUACAAAAUAAAGGAGCGAUUUGAUCCUCUGACAGAAAAAAGGAUAAUUAAAAUUAAUUUCACAACAAUGGAUUUAUUAAUAACGAAUUUAAUUAAAAUGUUUUCCGGAUUUAAAGCACUCUUAGGAGUCAAUUUAUUUAUUGGAUUUUUGAGCUUAAGUGUAAUUGGAAGAAUACAUGGUGAAACAUCCAGAUUUGUAACGCUCCCACAGAGUCAGACAGUCAUUGAAGGCGAUUCGGUUGUGUUUACGUGUCAUGCAACUCCUGUAGGUGGAAUGGAUUAUUCAUGGACACACAAUGGUCAUGCCAUUCAGAACUCAACUCGUGUACAUCAAGUUGGCUCCAAUCUGCAUGUGAAUAAUGUUGUCAAGGAUGUAGAUGGCGGAGACUAUGCUUGCAUAGCUACGACUGACUCAAGUGGAGCACGUCAGGCCUCACCACCAGCUCGUCUAAACAUCAUAUGGAUACAAACAGCCAGUGUUCAAUUACUGACCAACCGCAAGGACGAAGUAGUCUUGAAAUGCCACGUCGAGGGCACAGGCCAAAUGGAAAUUGAAUGGUUUCGCAAUAGUGAAAAAUUAACUUCAAUUCAAAACAUCCAUCUGGAUGGAAAUCGUCUGCUUAUUAAAAGUCCAUCUGUCUACGAUAAUGGACUCUAUCGAUGCGUUGCAUCGAAUCCAGCUGGUCGGGCGAUGAGCAAAAAAGGAUACGUCCUCAAGUGGGCCGGCACUGAUUCGCAAUCGGGUUCCGGCUGCAUUCCACGUUUUGCCGAAGGUAAAAAAGGUCAGAAAAUUCUUGCUGAUAAAUCGUCGAAAAACGUUUUCUUGUGCCGUGGCAAGCGAGGCGAUAAAUCUGUCAAAGCUACCGUCUCAGACGUUAGUUUCACCCAGCAGCCAUCUGUAAAGCAGGUAGCCAAGGAGAAUGAGGCCGUCGAGCUGCCGUGCACGUAUCAACUUCCUGAGAAAUAUCGAAGCACAGCAGUUCAGCUGAGGUGGCGAAAGGAUGGAAAGGUUUUUCGUCAAACAGAUCUGGGCGUUUCAACUUCGACGACUGCCGAACCUAAUAUGGAAUCAAUGCUACGUGAAGACUUUCGCAUUACACUUAAUCGCGCCAAUGGCUCUUUGAUGUUCUCCUCGGUGAUAGCCAGCGAUGCGGGACAAUACUACUGUCAGAUUUACAUCGAAGGACACAGUCCGAUAACUUCGGAAACUGGUGAAUUAGUUGUUAUAGAGCAGUUGAAAUUUGCCCCACAGCCAACAUCGAAGAAUCUGGAAUUGGGGUCGGUGGGGAAGAUCCAUUGCAAAGCACAAGGAACUCCAACGCCACAAGUGAAGUGGAUAAGGGACUUUUCGGAUCAAUUGCCCGAGACAAUUGACGACAUUAACGGUACGUUAAUAUUUAAAAAUGUAUCCGCCGAGAAUCGAGGCAACUACACCUGCAUUGCCAGCAAUACUCAAGGACAAAUAAAUGCCACCGUUAGCAUAGCCGUGGUUGUGGCACCCAAGUUCUCUGUGGCACCCGAAGGACCAAUUCAGGCAACGGAAAUGGGUGUUGCAAGUAUCCAUUGUCAGGCUAUUGGCGAUCCGAAACCAACUAUUCAAUGGGACAAGGACUUGAAGUAUUUGAGUGAGAAUAAUACCGACAAGAACCGCUUUAAGUUUCUGGAGAACGGAACUUUGGAGAUCACAGAAGUGCAUUUGGACGAUGAAGGUCGCUACGGUUGUACGAUUGGCAAUAGUGCUGGUUUGAAGCGUGAAGAAGUUCGAUUUGUCGUCAAAGCAGUGGAAGGCUUCGCAACGGAGGAAUCUUCCGAUGGCUUCCUCAUCACCCGAGCAGUACUCAUUACAAUGUCAGUGGCCUUUGCUUACAUAAUCCUCGUGGUGGGUCUGAUGUUAUGGUGUCGCUACCGCCGACAGGCUCGCAAAGCCCGCCUCACCGAAGCCGGCAAGGACAACAUCGAAACCGGAGAGGUAAAUACCAAAAUGGCCGAAAUCGAACCAUGUCUGCCGGAAAAUGGCAAAUCCGAUAAGAACUCAAAAACCAAGAAAAUGAACGGCAACAACAAUCCACGCGGCAGCGGCAAUGAAGCCCAAAAAAGCGACGACACUAUAUCGAGUGUAAAUUCCAAGGGUUCCAAAAAAUCACACGCCUUUGAUCAAUUAGCUUUGCCACGGUCCAGUCUCUCCGAACUCAUUCAAAUCGGCCGUGGAGAAUUCGGUGAUGUGUUUGUAGGCAAAAUAAAAUCCUCACUGAUAAAAAUCAAUGAAGCAAGCGAAAAGGACACAGAUGAGCGACAAAGUGGAACACCGCCAAAUAUGGAGAAAAGACGGUCGAAAACUUCAAUGGACGAUAUUGAGGAAAUCAAGGAGGAGCAAGAAUCUAGCGCAGAAGUUUCCGAUGAAUAUAAAUUGAUACUGGUAAAGGCAUUGAAUAAAAUCAAGGACGAAACAGCCUGUCAGGAGUUUAAGAGGCAAAUCGAAAUGUUUCGGGCUAUAUCACAUAAGGGUGUUGUUAAGCUGUUUGGCCUGUGUCGGGAGAAGGAUCCACACUAUUUGGUGUUGGAAUACACUGAUUGGGGUGAUUUGAAGCAAUUUCUUUUGGCCACAGCUGGCAAGGCGAAUACAGCAACUACUGCGUCUGGACAAAAUGGAGCAAGUGGCGCAGUUGCCGGUUCAAUACCACCCCUCAAGACUGGACAAAUUCUAGCUGUAGCAUAUCAAAUUGCCCGGGGAAUGGAUGCAAUUUAUCGUGCUCGCUAUAUUCACAAGGAUUUAGCUACCCGUAACUGUAUAAUCUCUAGUGAUUUCAUUGUUAAAGUUUCAUAUCCAGGAUUAUCGAAGGAUAAAUACAAUCGGGAAUAUUUUAAACAUCGAAAUACAUUACUUCCGAUACGUUGGUUAGCACCUGAAUGCAUCCAGGAGGAUGAAUUUACAACGAAGAGUGAUAUCUAUGCCUAUGGGGUUGUUGUCUGGGAAUUGUUUAAUCAAGCGACAAAACUGCCAUUCGAAGAAUUUAGUAAUGAGGAAUAUUUACAAAAGAGUUCUGGCGGGAGUUUGAAAUGGGAUGUGGCCGAAGGUACACCGGAGGCUCUUAAGGAAAUUAUGGCAUCGUGUUGGAAUCAAAAUCCAAAAGACCGUCCAUCAUUUAGUCAACUUUGUACGGCAUUAAGUAAAGCAAUGCAAUCCAGUGAUAAUUAAUUUUAAUCGUUGUAACUUUAAAUUUUGUUUUAUUAUUUGAAAUUAAAAAAAAUUGUAAUUAUUAUGACAAAGAAAAACAGAAAAUCGAAACAAAAAUACUAGAAGAAAAAAUUAUACUUUUUUGUUACUUAUAUUAUUAUUUAUUUAUCAUUUUUAAUAUGUAAGAAAUUCUCCAGUAAUAAUUUUUAAAAUUUAAUUUCUUUCCUUAAAUUAAGAAAAAAAUAUAAUAAUAACAUUAAUAAUAGCAGCAGCUGCCCACCCAUGACAAAGAACUGAACAAAAAAGUAAAACAUUUUUUUUUAAAUCUUAAUUUUUUAAUUCUUACAAUAAUGAAAAUAAUAAAUAAUAUUUUUUUUAUUUAAAUAAAAAAAAUAAAACAAAUUCUAGCUACAAGUCAUUGCCAAUUUUUACGAAGACAUUUUUUGUAUUGAUUUAUAAAUAAUAAUAAAUAAAGAAAAAAAAAAAAAAAACAAAAUAUUGAAAAAUAAAAAUCCAUCUAGCUUCUUGUUAUAAAAUAAAAAGAAAUAAAAUAUAUUAACUUAAGAGGGGUGAAAACAUAUUGAUUUAAAUAUUUUUAACUCAUAGUUUUGUAGAAUGUAAAUUUUAUAAUAUUUUUAUUUGUCUUUAAACAAAAUGAUGAUGAUAUUUUUAUGAUGUUGUCUUCUUAAUACAAAACUUGUCUUACCAAUAAUUAUUUUUUAUUUAAGAAUCUUAAUUUUAAAAUUAAGAAAUUAAAAUAAUAUAAUAGUUAUUUUAAGAAUUAUUAUUAAUAAUUAAAAAAAAGUAUUAGGCUAGAGCUAUAGACGGUUAAAUUUAAAAUUAAAACCGUAUGCCAUUGUCAAAAAAAUAAAAGUCUUCUUAUCGACGGUUUAUAUAUAUAAAUAGAAAUUAAAUUUAAAUAAAAUAAAAAUAAGAGUUUAAAGUAAGUAAUGUAAUAUAUGAGGAACGAAUUAUUAUUUAAGUAUUUAAAGUUGUAAGUACAUAGCUCUUAAGCUAUUUA